ACUAUAAUUUCACAGAUACGUUUUUGUAUAAACUGACUCAAAUAAAUUUCUAUUUUCUUUCUCUAAUCUCGGGAGAUUUUGAUACAUUUGUACAUUAUUGUGUUCAAGUUUGAAUAUCAAAUUAGUGGUACAACAUUGUAAAUUAUAUCUUAAUUUAAUGUAAUGUGUAAUUUCGUAUUGUUAUGAAAGUUUGUAAAAGUGAGGUUAUGCUACAGUUUUCUAGACUUUAGUUGUAUAAAAUAGCUAAAAAAUGGAUUCAGCACCAGCACAGGAAGUUACUGAGCUUCUGCGGCAGUGGGAGGAACAGCAUUUAACCCCUAACUAUGAACCCAUACCCACUUUGACAAGGUUAGCUGAAAUAAUAGAAGCGGAGACAGAAAACUUUAUGAAGAAAGACCCUGACCCCUUUGACGAGAGGCACCCGUCCAGGACCGACCCGGAGUGCGCUCUCGGACAUGCACUCAAAGUUAUGUUUAAAAAAGAUAACUUUAUGACUAAGCUAGUGAACGACUAUGUGCGAGAGACAUACUACUCGCGACAGAACAUGACGGGGCGGGACGUGCUGAAGCUGAACGUGGCCGCGUGCAGACUGACGCUGGACCUGAUGCCCGGCCUCGAGAUGAGCGUCGUGUUCCAGGACAACGAAGCCCUAAUCCAGCGGCUGUCGGGCUGGGCGCGCGAGUCGCCGGAGCCGCUGCAGUGCUACGCGACCGGCCUGCUCGCCGCCGCCAUGGAGGUGCAGGAGAUCGCCACCAACUUCCGAGAACUCAACGCUGCCCUGGUCCCGCUGAUGUUGAAGAGAUUACACAAUUUAAGAAACAAACCUACCAAGGAGGAUAAGCCUGGAAGUCAAAACUCGGUGACGCCCCCGAACCAGACCAGACACUUCGCCAGGUUCGACAAGCGGCGAUCGAACCACGAGAUCAAAUGUAACGGACCAGCAGAGAAGAAGGGAAAAGAGAAACCAAAGGACGAGGGCGCGGGUGACAGCGCGCUGCUGGACGAGCCACACACGAGCAAGGACCCCGAGACGCCAGUCAAGAACUUUAACCCAGAAGGCGCCUGCUCGCCCGAAUGGGGCAUGAUGUCGCCGCCGCCGCGCCCGCCCGCGCCGCCGCCCGCCCCGCACGAGACCUCCUCCAACUCGUCCUGGGCGGAGAUGGAGACGUACGUCAUAGGAAAUAUUCAAAUUCACCCGCCGACGGACGCGACCAAGCAGAUGCUGAUACUGCGCUACCUCACGCCCAUGGGCGAGUAUCAGGAAUUCCUGAGCCACGUGUUCGAGCAGAACGCUCUCGGCCUGAUCCUCGGGUACCUGAACGUGCGCGAGUCGCGCGACUCGCGGCUCGCCUUCGAGGCGCUCAAGUACCUCGCCGCGCUGCUGUGCCACAAGAAGUUCUCCAUCGACUUCAUCAACAUGGGCGGGCUGCAGAAGUUCCUCGAGGUGCCUCGUCCGUCCGUGGCGGCGACGGGCGUGUCCAUCUGUCUGUACUAUCUGGCGUACUGUGAAGAUGCUAUGGAGAGAGUGUGUCUGCUGCCUAGAGAGACCACGAGGGAUCUUGUCAAAUACGCGCUGUGGCUACUAGAAUGCUCGCACGACUCGGGCCGCUGCCACGCCACCAUGUUCUUCGGACUGUCCUUCCAGUUCAGAGUCAUUCUAGAGGAGUUCGACAAACAGGACGGGCUCCGCAAGCUGUACAACGUGAUCUCCACGCUGCCCAUCCUGGGCUCGGACGACGAGGAGGCGCGCGUGUCCGAGGACGAGACGUGCGCCGCGCGCCAGAUCGUGCGCCACGUGUGCGUCGCGCUCCGGAGGUACCUAGAGGCGCACCUCCGGUUGAAGGCUGCACAGGUAGCGAGGCAGCAUGGAGACAGCGUGCCCGAACCACCGCCUUAUAAGGCGUCAAAAUCCACCCCAGAAGAGAUCCAAGCGCAGAUCGAGCUGGUCCAGUCGGCGGCGUGGGCGCGCUGGGCGCCGGCCGAUGCGCUGCUCCAGCUGGGCGGCAUCGCGCUGCUGCUGCAGGUGGUGGGGUACGCGUACGAGUGGAACUUCAAUGGCAGAUCAGAGACAGUCCGCUCGGCCCUCGACGUGGUGUCGGUCUGCUGCGUCGCGCCGCGAGUGCAGCUGCUGCUCACAGAGAAGAUAGACAUGCGAGACGCCGAGCUCACCACCGGCAUCAACAUUGUGUUGGGCGCGGCCGACGGCGAGAUCGUGUCGGAGCCGGAGGUGCAGAAGGCGGCGCUCAACGUGCUCGUCAACUGCGUCUGCGCGCCUGUUGUCAGGGCGGGCUCGAGACUAUCAAUAACAGGCUCGUCUAAAAAGCGCGCUACAGUCAAGUCUUACGAAGACAUCAUACACAAGGUGUGGGAGAGCGUGCGGACCAACAACGGGAUUAUGGUGCUGCUAUCCCUGAUGAUGGUGAAGUCGCCCAUCACGGACGCGGACCGGCUGCGCGGGCUGGCGUGCCGCGCGCUGGCCGGCCUGGCGCGCUGCCCCACCGUGCGCCAGAUCAUCUCCAAGCUGCCGCUCUUCACCACCAGCCAGAUACAGAGUCUGAUGCGAGACCCAAUCUUACAAGAGAAGCGUCAAGAGCACGUCAUGUUCCAGAAGUACGCUCUGGAGCUGUUAGAGCGAGUGUCGGGCAAGAGCAAGCACAUGGGCGCCGAGUUCGAGACCUCUCUCGCCAAUAUACACAGGGCGAACGUAGUAGCCCAAACCCGCAUAAACUACAACGAGCGUCAGUUACUCCAACUCAUCGCGGAACACCUGUCCGCGCGCGGACUGUCCGCGUCGGCGGCGACUCUGCAGCGGGAGGCGGGGCUGCCCCCCCCCGCGCCCGCCCCCGCGCACCCCGCGCCGCCGCCGCCGCCGGUUUAUACGCCUAGCACGCCUGUUCGAACGCGGGUAUCCGUCUCUCGCACCAGCAGCUGCGGCUCGCUGCGUGACUCACUCGACUUGAACGCGAGCCACAACAUGAGUGUGGACGAGAGCGCGCCGCCCACUGUCAUUAAACUAAGAAAAGUGCAAACCUCAUCACCGGCCAUCUCUUCCCCGGCGCCCGCCGAGCCGCGCCGCAAGCCGCCAUCAACCACGCCGCCGCGCCGGGUCACCCUGCACGCCAUCGUCACCGAGUACCUGUACAACCAGCACGCGCUCUGCAAGAACCCCAUGGUCACCUGCCCGCAGUUCCACCUGUUCCAACCGCACAAAUGCCCGGACCCGCGCGGCUCCGCCUGGUCCCUCUCCACGCGCGAGCCGCCCAACCUGUGCGCGCGAGUCACGCGGCGCGAGCUGGGCGCGCCCGGCGGCACCCGCGCGCACGCGACACAUGCGCACGCGCACUUCGCGCCCGCUAGGACGCUGCGCGCGCAUGAUGAUGCUUACUUCACGCAUACGUGUUUUCAUCCGACCCAGCAGCAACUCCUUGCCGCCACAUCCAACGGGGACAUCCGCCUCUUCAACCUGUUCACGGGCGCCGAGGAGAGCUCGUAUCAAGUGCACGAGUCCUAUAUAUAUCAUAUGCAGCCGAGUCGAGACGGCUCGCUCCUGCUAGCCUCCGCCACCACCACCUGGCGGCCGCUGUCCGCGCUGUGGAGCAUGAAGGAGUUUGAGCAGCAGUUCCAACUAGACAACGAGGAGUACGUGGAGUUCUCCAAGAUGUCGGACGACCGCAUCAUCGGCACCAAGGGGGAGACCGCCACAGUGUUCGACACGCGCACGGGGCGCGAGCUGCUGGCGCUGACGCCGACCAUCAGCAACCAGUACGGCAAGAACCGCGCCACCUUCAGCCCCUCCGACGAGCUCGUGCUCUCAGAUGGUGUGCUAUGGGACGUGAAUUCCGGCAAGGAGAUACACAAGUUUGACAAACUGAACCAGACGCAUAGCGGGGUUUUCCAUCCAAACGGACUAGAAUUAAUAUCAAAUACAGAAGUGUGGGAUCUAAGAACAUUCCACCUGCUACGAACAGUUCCAACAUUAGAUAAGUCUGAGGUGAUCUUCAACCCGCAGUCGUCGAUCCUGUACGCGCUGUGUCUCGACCAGGACUCGGAGGAGCGCGACCAGUUCGACACCAGCUUCAAGACGCUCGACGCGUACGAUUAUAGCAGUAUAGCCACAAUAGACGUGAAGCGCAACAUCUACUCUCUAGCCGUGUCCCGCUGGGGCACUCAGAUAGCGCUGGUAGAGAACCAGGGCGACGUGGACCAGAUGCAGGAGUCGUGCGUGAAGCUGUACGACGUGGGGCGCGCGCGCGACCAGGACGACGACGCGGAGGAGGAUGAAGAGGACGAUUUGGCCGCUGGAUCAGAGAACGACGACAAUUCUGACUCCGGAUCUGAUAAUGACAAUGAUUUCCCCCUAAACCUGGUGCGUAACGCGAUGGGCCUGGACGACGGAGGCUCUUCAGGAGAUUCUUCGCGGGAAGACGAUGCGCCCCGCGCCGCGCGCCGCCCGCGCACUCGCCGGCGGGCAGCAGAGUCGCACAGCAGCGACAGCGACGGAGACCUCGACCUCGCCGACAUCAUCGAGUUCGACAUAGACUAGUUAACAAUUUACAUUUAUAAAUAAAUAAAAUAAAAUUUACUAUUAAACCUA